AUGAGUUCUUCGUCCACCACCACGAGCCUCUUGGCCCCAGUCGCCCGCGCACUUAACCAUAUUGUCGCGCGCGAUUGCGACCCCGGUGACGACCCCGCUCGUUGCGAGAAGCCCUUCAACUCGCCCAAGAUCAUAGGCAUUACUUGCGGAAUCACAGCUGCUGUACUCAUUCUUGGAUCUCUCGGUCUCCUCACCUUCCUCCACCUGAGGAGGCAGCGCUUCGAGCGCAAGGAGGACGACAUCGACUUGGAAAUUGACGGAGACGUAGACGACCACCCGACCAUGGGCAAGCCGCCGCGCGCGUGGCAGCCGCACGGCAAGCGACAAGAUAACCCGUUCGAAGAAGCCGAGCGCCAACCACACCAGCGCGAGAACCCUUUUGAGCCCGAACGCCGGUAG